AUGACAGAAUGGUUCGAUGAUACCUCGUCGUCUUCGUCCGACGGGGUAGCGCAGAGGAAGUUGUUCUUGAGCAUCGUCGAUGCUGUGCAAGGUGAAGAUACUUACUUCCAGAUGAGCCAUGAUGCACGAGGUCGGGACUCUCUCACGCCUUUGCAAAAAUGCACGGUGGCUAUCCACCAAUUAGUCAUCGGCGUCAGUGCGGAUACUUUCGACGAGUAUCUCAAGGUCGCCGACACGACGGAGCGUCUAUGCCUCAAGAGAUUCUGCAAGGCUGUCAUUCGGGCUUACGGAGCCGAGUAUCUUCGACGUCCUACGGCGGCGGACAUCCAACGCCUUCUUCAGAUGCACGAGGAGCAACACAGAUUUUCCAGGAUGCUUGGGAGACUUGAUUAUAUGCAUUGGGUGUGGAAGAAUUUUCCAAAGGCGUGGCACGGCGCAUAUACACGUUGUGAUCAAGGGGAGCCCACCUUGAUCUUGGUUGGUACGACGAGCAUCUCAAGGACAUCAUGA